GGAACCUCCCGCGGUUGCUGGGCUGACGGAAACGCGGGCUGGCUUGUGAAGCGGGGGGUACCCAGCGCGGCAAGCGCCACUGGUGACACGCAAGCCGGCCCGGCGGCCGCCGCCAUGUCGGUGCUGGGCGAGUACGAGCGACACUGCGAUUCCAUCAACUCGGACUUUGGGAGCGAGUCCGGGGGUGGCGGGGACUCGGGCCCGGGGCCCAGCGCCAGUCCCGGGCCGCGAUCCGGUGGCGGCGCGCCGGAGCAGGAGGAGCUGCACUACAUCCCCAUCCGCGUCCUGGGCCGCGGCGCCUUCGGGGAGGCCACGCUGUACCGCCGCACCGAGGAUGACUCAUUGGUCGUGUGGAAGGAAGUUGAUUUGACCCGACUGUCGGAGAAGGAACGUCGGGAUGCCUUGAAUGAGAUUGUUAUUCUGGCACUGCUGCAGCAUGACAACAUUAUUGCCUACUACAACCACUUCAUGGACGACACCACCCUGCUUAUUGAGCUGGAGUAUUGUAAUGGAGGGAACCUGUAUGACAAAAUCCUUCGUCAGAAGGACAAGUUGUUUGAGGAAGAGAUGGUGGUGUGGUACCUGUUUCAGAUUGUUUCAGCAGUGAGCUGUAUCCAUAAAGCCGGGAUCCUGCAUAGAGAUAUAAAGACAUUAAAUAUUUUUCUGACCAAGGCAAACCUGAUAAAACUUGGAGAUUAUGGCCUAGCAAAGAAACUUAAUUCUGAAUAUUCCAUGGCUGAGACACUUGUUGGAACUCCAUAUUACAUGUCUCCAGAGCUCUGCCAAGGAGUAAAAUACAAUUUCAAGUCCGACAUCUGGGCAGUAGGCUGCGUCAUUUUUGAACUGCUUACGCUGAAGAGAACAUUUGAUGCUACAAAUCCACUCAACUUGUGUGUGAAGAUUGUACAAGGAAUCCGGGCCAUGGAAGUUGAUUCUAGUCAGUACUCUCUCGAAUUGAUCCAAAUGGUCCAUGAAUGCCUUGACCAGGAUCCUGAGCAGAGACCCACUGCAGAUGAACUACUAGAUCGCCCCCUUCUCAGGAAAGGCAGGAGAGAGAUGGAGGAAAAAGUCACACUGCUUAAUGCACCUACAAAGAGACCAAGGUCAAGCACUGUGACUGAAGCACCCAUUGCUGUGGUAACAUCGCGAACCAGUGAAGUUUAUGUUUGGGGUGGCGGAAAAUCCACUCCCCAGAAACUGGAUGUCAUCAAGAGUGGCUGUAGUGCGCGGCAGGUGUGUGCAGGGAAGACCCACUUUGCAGUGGUCACAGUGGAGAAGGAACUGUACACCUGGGUGAACAUGCAAGGGGGCACCAAACUCCAUGGUCAGCUGGGCCAUGGAGACAAAGCCUCUUACCGACAGCCAAAGCAUGUGGAAAAGUUGCAGGGCAAAGCUAUUCGUCAGGUGUCAUGCGGUGAUGAUUUCACUGUCUGUGUGACAGAUGAGGGUCAGCUCUAUGCUUUUGGAUCUGAUUAUUAUGGCUGCAUGGGGGUGGACAAGGCUGCUGGCCCCGAAGUGCUAGAACCCAUGCAGCUGAGCUUCUUCAUGAACAAUCCAGUGGAGCAGGUCUCCUGUGGAGAUAAUCAUGUGGUGGUUUUGACACGAAACAAAGAAGUCUAUUCUUGGGGCUGUGGUGAAUAUGGACGACUGGGUUUGGAUUCAGAAGAGGAUUAUUAUACACCACAAAAGGUGGAUGUUCCCAAGGCCUUGAUUAUUGUUGCAGUUCAAUGUGGCUGUGAUGGGACAUUUCUGCUGACCCAGUCAGGCAAAGUACUGGCCUGUGGACUCAAUGAGGCCAACAAACUGGGCCUCAAUCAGUGUAUGUCUGGUAUCAUCAACCAUGAAGCAUACCAUGAAGUUCCUUACACAACAUCCUUUACAUUGGCCAAACAGUUGUCCUUUUAUAAGAUCCGUACAAUUGCCCCGGGCAAGACUCACACAGCUGCUAUUGAUGAGCGAGGCCGGCUGCUGACCUUUGGCUGCAACAAAUGUGGACAGCUAGGUGUUGGGAAUUAUAAAAAGCGUCUAGGAAUCAACCUGUUGGGAGGACCCCUAGGUGGGAAGCAAGUGAUAAGGGUGUCCUGCGGUGAUGAGUUUACCAUUGCUGCCACUGAUGAUAAUCACAUUUUUGCCUGGGGCAACGGUGGCAAUGGCCGCCUGGCAAUGACUCCCACCGAGAGAACUCAUGGCUCCGAUAUCUGUACCUCAUGGCCUCGGCCUAUCUUUGGGUCUCUGCAUCAUGUCCCGGAUCUGUCUUGCCGCGGCUGGCACACCAUCCUCAUUGUUGAAAAAGUAUUGAAUUCUAAGACCAUCCGUUCCAAUAGCAGCGGCUUAUCCAUUGGAACUGUGGUUCAGAGCUCUAGCCCGGGAGGAGGAGGCGGCGGCGGUGGUGGGGGAGAAGAGGAGGACAGUCAGCAGGAAUCUGAAACUCCUGACCCAAGUGGAGGCUUCCGAGGAACAAUGGAAGCAGACCGAGGAAUGGAAGGUUUAGUCAGCCCCACGGAGGCCAUGGGGAUCAGUAGUGGGGCCAGCAGCUCCUGUCCUGGCUGGCUUCGGAAGGAGCUGGAAAAUGCAGAAUUCAUUCCCAUGCCUGACAGCCCAUCUCCCCUAAGUGCAGUUUUUUCAGAAUCUGAGAAAGAUACCCUGCCCUAUGAAGAGCUUCAAGGACUCAAAGUGGCCUCAGAAGCGCCUUCAGAACACAAGCCCCCAGAAGGAGCCUGGCCACCUCGGCUGACUCCUAAAGGAGCAUGUGCUGGGAAGGGAACGCCAUUGAUCCCUCCUAGCUGUGCGUGCAGCACUCUGCAGGUGGAGGUUGAAAGAUUGCAGGGUCUGGUGUUAAAGUGUCUGGCUGAACAACAGAAGCUACAGCAAGAAAACUUCCAGAUUUUUACCCAACUACAGAAGCUGAACAAGAAAUUAGAAGGAGGGCAGCAGAUGGGGAUGCAUUCCAAAGGAACUCAGACGGCAAAGGAGGAGACGGAAAUGGAUCCAAAGCCUGACAUAGAUUCAGAUUCCUGGUGCCUCCUGGGAACAGAUUCCUGUCGACCCAGCCUCUAGUCUCCUGAGCCUCUAUGGCCUCCAGGAAACUGGGAUCCAAAGAACUUCACAGCACACUUACUGAAUGCAGAGAGCGCUUUCCUGGCUUUGUUCACUUGCAGACAAGGAGCGCAAGGCGGAGGCUCUGAAGCACUUUCCACAUACACUUGGAGAGUGGCACUGCCUAUUAGAUAGGAUCUAGGAGUGGUUUUGUUCUGGAGAAUGGAAGGGCCCAAUGGCCCUGGCUUUGUCCUCAGUGACUGCCAUAACAACAGCAGCUCUGUACCUCAUCUGGUGAUCCCACCUUUGAAGAGGAGACACAAUGCUCACCUUAAUUUUGCUGGUAGCAGCUUAUAUCCCAUUUAUCAUUUUCACCAAUAAUUGGAAGCUGCCUUGGGAAUUCAGCACCAGGCAUUGCACCUCUGGGUGGAGGAGGGAAGUGUCAAGCUGGAGUGGGCUGGAACCAGGCAUGGCCCGUCCAGGGUCAUCUGGAGAAUGGUCAAGUGCUCUGAGCUCUCUUGGGAGCCCUGAGUCCAGGAAAUUAUGUCUGGUGGAGUCAGUCUCUUGGGCUUGUUUUCAGAAAGUUCAGUUACAUUGUGCAGCUCAGUGCUUUAGGAGGAAAAGUGGGCUUAGAUUGCUUUUCCUCUGAGAUUGAUUGAAAUUUCUUCAGUGAGGAGUAGAGAAAGAAGGGCAGGUCCCUCCUCAUCACACAGCUGGAGUGGAGUGUCAGGCUGUGGCCGAUGCAGGGUGGGCUUUCCUAGCUUUGGCAGAUACCUCUCAGAGAUGAGGUGUCUUGUACAGAACUGAGUCAGUGGGGCAGUAGGAAUGGCCGUAAGAGAAAACUGUGAGGGAGAGGAAGUCCCCCUUUAGCUGCCUCUCUUGGCAUCCUUGAGAGGGCCUAGAGUGAUUCCGAGUCUUCUACCCAUGAGGAAGCUUCCUAUGCCUCUUCUUUCAUGGCUCUUCGGGCUCUGAUCUUGAUGGCAUCAGCCCCAGCCACUCCCUUUCUGUAUGUCUAGUCAGUAUUUUUUCCCCUUCGGUGUUUUAUGAAGCCAUAUCAGUGAAUCUGUAUCAUCUUUCCUUCUUGAGUGGCCCAAAGCCAGCCCUAAAACCUGGUAGUCCCUGAAGCCUAACUGAACAAGUAGAACCUGCCAAGAGAAAGGAAUGGACUGCGAGCUCUCUUCUAACCCUGUAGUCACGUUCUAGACAGGAGCAAGCUAGCUUUCCCGAAGAAGGUGUCCUAGAAGCGUUUGAUGAUUUUACUUUAGGAUGUGAGCUUUGUGUUACUCCCUAGGCUUGUGAAAGGUUCCUGUGGUAUUUUGGGUCCCAGGAGCUGCCUUUAUGAGUUUCCACAUCCUACCUUCCUAGAAACAGCUACAUUAUUUUUGUUUCAUUUUCCCUAAACCAAAAAAUGAAUGCUUGAUGUCUGUUUGAUAUUUUGGAAGGAUCUGUGCAAUGGAAAUUUUGUCAUUUCCCUAAAACUGGUGAUGCAAAAGCUGGUGCUCCAGGAAAACCCCAUGGCUGGGGAUGGGCAACUCUGUUCAAUGGGACCUUCUUUGGUUUGAUGUUCCCAUUGUUUUCUCAAUUCUGGGAAGCCUAGUACAAUAGUACUAAUGUAAUCACUGAAGCCUUUUCUUAAAAUAAGGGAAGGGGCCAAACCUGGAUUUAGCUACAAAUUCUGGUGACUUGGGGGUUUGCAAUAAGCCCUAACAGUGGGUUUUUGGUUCAUCAUGUAAAUGCAACUUUGGUGUUUUAAAGGACUGACUGGCCUUUCACCUUCAUGUAUUCCUCAUGCUUACCCUGUCAGCAGGCCUGAGAGGCAGGUCAUUUUGGGUGUUAAUCGUGAGUGUUACUUCCGCUGUGGGUCUGAGGAACAUGGGACGUUGCUGAGACUGCGGGACGGAAGUUAGCAUUAAAGGGAGGGCGAGAGCCCCGCCCUUGUUCCAGAGCGGAGUUACGCUCCAGCAGUGGAAUGCUGUGGUCAUUUUCUCAACAUGUUCCCUUGGGAAACCUAGGUUUGCUAUGAAUCUGGCUGAGAAUCUGGGUUCUGUGCCUUAGAAACAAUUUGCACUUUCCCAAAUUGUGCCUGGGACAGCCAUAUGAUUUUUCCCACCAAACAGCUAUGCAAACAGAAGCCAGUUCAAAGGUGGCAGCCAUGCAUUAGGUAAAAAGUGAAAGGUGAGACAGUAGAAAUGCCUUUGAAUGGUUUUCUGUAGCUAAUUCUCUACUUUUCUUCUCUAUGCAAUGCAAGGUGUUUUAAGUUUUCCAGUAGUAGUACUUUUGAGUUAUAAUAUAGUCUGAGUCACUCCUCUGCUCUGACGUUGUUGCUGAAGAACUAGCUUUUGUUAGCCAGAUGUUUGAAAGGUUGAGGGUGGAGUGGUUUGGCAUUUCUGUUUUAAAUAAACAUUUAAACUUUCAAUCAGUGCUAUGCCUCAGUAAGUCUGUGCAUGGACCCUAGUCACUGGGGAUAAAACACUCAGAUUCUAGGCCUUCAUGAAUCUUUUGAGUCAAACAAGACUUUGCAUUCUGUAACAGAAACAAUGCAAAGGACAUUUGCACAGAAAUAAUCUUUGCCUCUUUCCAAUUUAUUUUUCUUGCUAUCAGAAUCAUUUCCGCUGCUACAACACCCCCCCCCCCCCCCCGCAACUUCUGAAAUACCAUGCUUAAAAUGCAGAAGGAGGCGGGGGGGAAAGAGCCAUUAAAAGAGGAAGGAUCCUCGUAGCUGGUGUGGCUCAGUGGAUUGAGUGCCACUGGCCUACUAACCAAAAGGUUGCCUGUUUGAUUCCCAAUCGGGGCACAUGCCUGAGUUGGGAGUCAGGUCCCCAGUUGGGGGCGUGCGAGAGGCCACAGAUCCACGUAUCUUGCACAUUGAUGUUUCUCUCCCACUUCUUUCUCCUUCACUUGCCCUCUCUCUAAAAGUAAAUAAAUAUCUUUCCCAAAAAAAUAAAUAAAAAAGGAAGGAUCACUUCUGAUACUUGUCUCCCCAGUUACAGUGGGCUUUUUCAAAUGGAAGUGCCUGUUUAUGUUUAUAAAACUGUUUUCCCUCAAAGAAGUUGAACUGUAUUUUGGUCUCCCUGGCAUAGCACAGCCAAGUUACAACCUCUCUUGGCUGAGCACUUCACUGGAGUUUAAAGCAAAAGCAGCCUUGUACUCACAUUUGAUUUGAUUUGCCAUAUAUUUACAAUCAUUCAUAACAGAACAACUGGAGCAAAGAUGUAUUGUAAAUAAUUCAAAUAAGUAACCCUGGACCUAAAAAGAAGUAUUGUUCAUGACAGUGUUAGGGCAGAGUAAGCUGUGGUCAGGGCUACAAAACAUGUUCCUUCCUACUACAAAGCCAAAAAUCAUUUAUUGCUUCAAUAAUUGACUAUGGACAUAUACUGAUCACUAAGCCUCACAGAAUCGUAAUAAUAGGGAGUAAAACACUGUAUCACAUCUCUGCCGCCUUCUAUGAUAAAUUGAUGAACAAAAAAAUGUUGGCCAAAAGGUCCUGUGCCACCUUAAAUACGCUUCUGUUAAGAAGCACUAUCUUAGCGUGCCUGUACACACUUUUAGAUGAAGUGAGUCACCAUAUUUUCCCCACUGCCUAACCUUUUGAACUUUAAAAUUUAUAACAUUUACAUUCACUGAAGUUCUUGGAUAAUGUAGUAUAACACAUGGACUAACAAACAUUUAUUUCUCCACAAUUGUCCUGUGCUAUCCAGGAAGAGACUUAGAAAAAUGUUUCUAACCCUGUCCCAAAGAUCACAUCAAGCUAAAUUUAAAAGACUAAUAGACAUUGCUAAUAAAAUGAAGGCCUCAGCAUGUUGAGAUUGAAGGGAACACUAAGACAUUGUUUUAUUUCUCUAGCAACAUUAAGAAUGAAUCCUUCCUGUGUCUGUGGAAAGCAUUCCUCCCACACACUUUUGCUCUCCCUGGAGGGCCCUGAUCUGUGGCCUUAAUAUCAUACAGGGAUCCCAGACCCAGUGCCCGUGGGGCUAGGCAGGUAAGACAAAUCGGUGAAGCAGGCCGGCGGAGCUCUGGUGAUCUGAACGCUCUCCCUGCUCAAGGAGUGACUGAUUCUGAACCUCCCUCAGUUAGUGCUGUGCUCCGUUGCCAACCUGGUGUUUCCAGAACUUCCAGUUGUUUAAGAGAUGCUCCACAUCCCAAUUUUUUAAAGCUAGAUUAUAGUUUUAGUUCGGUGCCAGCCAAAUAAAACAUAUUCGUGGGGCAAAGCAGUCCACAGGCUACGACGUAGUAACGCUGACCACAGCUCAUUCUUGCCAUCUAUUGUUUUUACUAUCAAGUGUGAAAGUGUGUACCUUAUUAAACCUGCCUGGAGAAUGAAUAUGUUAGAUUAAAAUAUCCAGGAUG